AUGUUGAAGUUGGCAACCGUUGUGGUGACCCUCUGUCACGGUGAUAUUCUAAAUUCCAUGCAUUCUGUGACAGCUCAUUGCGUCGAAGGUGACGUUCCCUCUAACAUUCAGGUCAUCGCUGGUCGACAUCUGAGAACAACUCCCGGACCGAGGGAGCAGGUCAGACAGGUCACGAAGAUCGACAUGCACGAGAAUUACAAUGAGAACACAUACGCGAAUGACAUUGCUCUCCUCCACCUCUCGACUGACACGCCCUUCGUGUACGACGACAUUGUCGGAGAAAUCGCGCUCCCCACGCAGGAACAACAGACGCCCGGAGACACCAUUGUUUCCGGAUGGGGCCGACUCACAUCUGGUGGCCUUUACCCCACCGUCCUGCAGUACGUCCAAGUUCCCUUCGUGAAUGACACGAUGUGCCAAACUCUGUGUCCAGAGGAGACCAUCAUCCCUUCAAUGCUCUGCGCUGGGCUUAUCGAGGGAGGAAAGGACUCUUGCCAAGGAGAUUCUGGCGGUCCCCAAGCCGCGGUGGAUGGAGGUUAUUUGGCCGGGAUUGUCAGUUGGGGAUAUGGCUGUGCUGCUCCGAACAGACCGGGCGUGUACACUGAGGUCAGCUAUUUCAUCGAUUGGAUAGACGCACACAGAGCUUAAUUGUUCAAAAUCUUAACAACCAUGACUUUCAAUUUAUGAAGCGAGAAUAGAACGAGACAAAUUUACGAAAAAGAGAUAAAUAACUUUCUGUACCCACAAUCUUUAAUUUUAUUUUGUUGUAUUA